UCUCCUACUCCUUGAGGUAACUAUAUAAGUGCUUUUAAAAUAUCUAGAAGUUCUGAAAGGAUAUUCUCCUAUGAAGGAUUUGAGUUUAGUGUCUUGAUCCCUUUUUAUUUAAGACAUUUGCUUGAAGGUCUUAACAGAAAACAACAGAAUUAAUUUAUGUAGGUAAGAAUAUACAUAUAUUCUUUUAGAAGUUUAGCUUGAAGCCAAACUUGCUUGAUUUCUAGGCUUUCCUAACAGAUGUGGUCAAACUUUUGAAAACUUCUGUUCUUAUCUGAAAGGUGAAGGUAGUUUUCAUCUUGUUCUUGCAGCUAUGUUUCAGAUUCUUAAGAUGCUAUUGCUUCCUUUGAAAAAUACUAUACAGAAGUGGCUAAGUGUUCUGAUAAUGUCCCAAACUUAAACAGAUGCUCUUCUUUAGUACUUCAAAUACAAAAGUGCUUAUAGCAUCAGUGUUUAUAGUGUAGCUUUCAUGUAAAAUUACGUUUUAAAGCUCUGCUUCAAAUAAUGGCAUCUAGUUUAUUUUUUGAAAAAUAGUUUGUGUAGAAUGGGCAAUAUAGGUGAUGCUGUCUGUCUUGAAGAUGAGUAGAAAUUUACUGAACAAAAGUGCUGUUAACUGAUGUUUGAAAUUCUUCAAUGGCAUUGGUAAAUCCCUGCUGUGCUGAAAUACCUGUGCUUUCAAGGAGGUUCUUAUAUGUUGGCUUGUAAAGGUUAGAUAAAUGGCACAUUUUUAUCGUAUUAUCAGUUUGGGAAAAUAUUCUAAUACAACUUGACAGGCCAUGUCCUAUAAAUUAAAAAUAAAUAAAUAAAUGUGUCCUUUGAGACUGUUUCCACAAAAAUUUGUGAUGGCUGUUGUAUUGUGGAUCACCACUUAGUAGCAUGUCUGUGUAGGAUGGUGAUUAAUGGUUUUAAAUUUAAAGUACUUCCAGUCCUUAAUUUUUUAAAAUAAGAUUAUCAGUGUGUUGGCUGUCUCAUCUUAUUUAUGACAUAGUUUUGGCAUAUUUAGGUGUUUAUGCUCCUCACUUUAUUACAUUUGAGUUCUAAAGUUAUGAAUUGGUAGGGCUUUCAAACAUUUUUCAAAUGAAGAUAUAGAUGUUUCUUGGAAUAAAAAAGAAAAAGUUAAGGUGGGUGAAGAAAUUGAUAAGAAAAUAUGGCCUAUAAGCUAUUCUUUGAUUCCUAGACUGAUUAGGUGUUUUUCUAAUUAACUUUCUAUUUAAUACUGCUCUUUCAGUUCUUUCUGCUUGCUUCUGCUGCUGCUUAUUUGAGCCAUUGGAAUUCAGUUGUUAAUGUUCAACUUGACUGCUUUGGUGAUUAUGUUUCUGAAGCUUGGAGAAAAAGAAAAACAUUUUGAAAUGUGCUACCAUACUUCUUGGCUGUUCCUGAAAGAGCUCUUUGGCAUGACACCUUUGACAACAAUCUUUGGAUGUGUUUUUCUUCAGUUCUAGGGGCCAUGUAGAAUGUUCUGUAUUAUUUUUCACUUGCUGUGACCAUCCUUCUGUUCACGUUUCAUCUUCUGUGUUUCACAGCAAAGGAGCUUGUAGAUGUGUUUCUCUCUUCAGAAACUAGAACAACUUAAUCAAUAUCCAGAUUUUAACAACUACCUGAUUUUUGUUCUUACAAAGUUGAAGUCUGAAGAUGAACCGACACGUUCCUUGAGUGGUCUCAUCUUGAAGAAUAAUGUAAAAGCACAUUUUCACAACUUUCCAAAUGGGGUAACUGACUUCAUUAAAAGUGAAUGUCUGAACAACAUUGGUGAUUCCUCCCCCUUAAUUAGAGCUACUGUAGGCAUUCUGAUAACAACCAUUGCUUCAAAAGGGGAAUUGCAGAAUUGGCCUGAACUCUUACCAAAGCUUUGCAGCCUGUUGGAUUCUGAGGAUUACAAUACCUGUGAGGGUGCAUUUGGCGCUCUUCAGAAGAUAUGUGAAGAUUCUGCUGAAAUUUUAGAUAGUGAUGUAUUGGACCGACCACUCAAUAUCAUGAUACCUAAAUUCUUGCAGUUUUUCAAGCACAGCAGUCCAAAAAUAAGGUCUCAUGCUGUUGCAUGUGUCAAUCAAUUUAUCAUCAGCAGAACUCAAGCUCUUAUGUUGCACAUAGAUUCUUUUAUUGAGAAUCUUUUUGCACUGGCUGGUGAUGAGGAGCCUGAAGUACGCAAAAAUGUUUGCCGAGCUCUGGUAAUGUUGUUGGAAGUUCGAAUGGAUCGCCUACUUCCUCAUAUGAUUAGUAUAGUUGAGUAUAUGCUUCAAAGGACCCAGGACCAAGAUGAAAAUGUGGCUUUGGAGGCUUGCGAGUUUUGGCUGACUUUGGCUGAACAGCCAAUUUGUAAAGAUGUAUUAUGUCGGCAUCUUACUAAACUGAUACCUGUGUUGGUAAAUGGUAUGAAAUAUUCAGAGAUUGAUAUUAUUCUGUUAAAGGGGGAUGUUGAAGAAGAUGAAGCUAUUCCAGAUAGUGAACAGGACAUAAGACCUCGUUUUCAUCGUUCACGGACAGUAGCUCAGCAACAUGAAGAAGAUGGUAUUGAAGAUGAUGACAAUGAUGACGAUGAUCUUGAUGAUGAUGAUACUAUUUCUGACUGGAAUUUAAGGAAAUGUUCUGCUGCUGCUUUAGAUGUCCUGGCUAAUGUAUUUCGUGAUGAACUUCUGCCACACAUCUUGCCCCUUUUGAAGGAAUUACUCUUCCAUCCCGAAUGGGUAGUUAAAGAAUCUGGUAUCCUUGUUCUUGGAGCAAUUGCUGAAGGAUGCAUGCAGGGUAUGAUUCCUUAUCUUCCUGAGCUGAUCCCUCACCUCAUUCAGUGCCUCUCUAACAAAAAGGCUCUUGUGCGCUCCAUUACAUGCUGGACUCUUAGUCGCUAUGCACACUGGGUAGUUAGUCAACCCCCAGACACAUACUUGAAGCCAUUAAUGACUGAGUUGCUAAAGCGUAUUCUGGAUAGCAACAAAAGAGUACAAGAAGCUGCCUGCAGUGCCUUUGCUACUCUAGAAGAGGAGGCUUGUACAGAGCUUGUUCCUUAUCUUGCAUAUAUACUUGACACUUUGGUCUUCGCAUUUAGUAAAUACCAGCAUAAAAACCUGCUCAUUCUUUAUGAUGCUAUAGGAACUCUAGCAGAUUCUGUAGGACAUCAUCUAAAUAAACCCGAGUAUAUUCAGAUGCUAAUGCCUCCGUUAAUCCAGAAGUGGAACAUGUUGAAGGAUGAAGAUAAAGAUCUCUUCCCUUUAUUAGAGUGCCUGUCAUCAGUUGCUACUGCCUUGCAAUCUGGCUUUCUUCCAUACUGUGAACCUGUGUACCAGCGUUGUGUAAAUCUGGUUCAGAAGACUCUUGCACAAGCCAUGUUGCAUAAUGCUCAGCCAGACCAAUAUGAGGCUCCAGAUAAAGAUUUCAUGAUUGUGGCUCUUGACUUACUCAGUGGUUUAGCUGAAGGACUUGGAGGCAACAUUGAACAGCUGGUGGCUUGCAGUAAUAUCCUGACAUUAAUGUACCAAUGCAUGCAGGAUAAAAUGCCUGAGGUACGGCAGAGUUCUUUUGCAUUGUUAGGUGAUCUGACAAAGGCGUGUUUUCAGCACGUUAAGCCUUGCAUCGCUGAUUUCAUGCCCAUUUUGGGAACCAACCUAAACCCUGAAUACAUUUCUGUGUGUAACAAUGCCACCUGGGCAAUUGGAGAAAUCUCCAUCCAGAUGGGUAUAGAGAUGCAGCCUUAUAUUCCAAUGGUGUUGCACCAGCUUGUAGAAAUAAUUAACAGACCCAACACACCAAAGACAUUGUUAGAGAACACAG